AUGGACGCGUUCCCUGGAUACAUGAAGUUCCUGCAGCGGAACACGCUGCCGCGUCGCCGCCUCAUGGGGGAGCGCUUCAGGGUCGUCAGGACGUUGGGCCGAGGCUCCUUCGGGGAGGUUGUGCUCGUGGAGGACCGAACGGCGAACGGCGCACGGGCCGUGGUGAAAAACUUCCGGAGGAAGGAGGCGGCGGCAGCCGCGGGCGAGGCGAUGGAGCGGCAAAUUCAGGAUGCCCUGGUCGAGGCGCGCGUGAUGGCAAGUUUUAACGACGACGGCAUCGUGCGCCUCAUGGACCUCUGGUUCGAGGAAUCCCAGGGCGUUGUCUGCUUCCUCAUGGAGUACUGCCCGGGAGGUGAUCUGGAGGCGUACAUGCAGAAGCACUACCCCCUCACUGAGGAGCUGCUGCUGCAUUUUUUUCUCCAGUGUCUGCUCGCCCUGGCGCAGGUACACACGAAGGAGAUCGUCCACCGUGACGUGAAGCCGUCAAACAUACUGUUGGGCAGGAAAGGCAGGCGGGUGCCGACGCUGAAGGUGGCCGACUUUGGCCUCAGCGCCUUCUGCAGCGAAGACGAUGGCGCGGUGGAAGUCUCCGUGCUUGUCGGCACACCGCUCUUCAUGUCGCCCGAAACCAUCGCGGAGGGUCUCUGCGGCUACGGAAGCGAUGUGUGGAGCCUCGGUGUUGUGUUUUACCGCAUGAUGACCAACCUUCAUCCCUUUCUUGGGAACAGCAUGGGGGCGCUGCGGCGGUCCAUCACGACCGGCGCGCCGCCGCACCCGAGCCUCCUCUCCAGGCGGGGCUACUCGCUUGAGCUGGGCGACCUCGUCAUGUCAAUGCUGGAGAAGCACCCGUUUGCGCGGCCCUCGAUGCGCCAACUUAUCUUCUCGCCACUCUUCGCGCGUGCCCUGCUGCAGUGCCCCUGGCGGAGCCGGCGGCUGCGCGGCGCCCUCUGCCUCUUUGCUUGUCACACGGACUACGCCGUCCCCGUCCUCGCGGCGCCGCGGUUCGACGCGAGCAUCGUCGGAGUUCUCGAGUUUGGGGACCACGCCUUCGUGGCCAACGAGGUGCAUGCGCGGGCGGCGCCCGGCCCCCGCAGCCUCUCGCCGGAAAUCUCAACUGCAGCCACCGACUCCCUGCCAGGUGUCGUCGUCUGGUGCCACGUCGUCGCCCCGUGGGAGGGCUACUGCUUGAAGUACGAGCGAGGCCGCGCCACGCUGCGGCACGUGGGCGACUGCACCCAGUGCGGCCCGAUAGUCGACGCGGAGACGCUUCUCUCCGCGCGUGACUCGUCGCCGGAGCAGACACUGCCGUCCGCGGUGCCGUUGACGCAGACGUCGUGCUCGCCAGCCCGCGAGAAGUCGCGCAGCAACGUGGCAAAAAACAUUCUCUCCUCGUUUUUUAGAAACUGCGGCUGA